AUGACCCAAGCUUCAUAUCCCGGACGCCUCACUCGAGACAAUGCCGCUCUACUCAUUGUCGACCACCAAGUCGGCUUGUAUAGUGGCGUCCGCGAUAUCGAGACUCUAGAACUCAAGCACAACAUUGUUGGCCUGACAAAAGCAGCCCUCGCUCUUCGCAUUCCCAUCAUCAUAACCACAACCACCGAAACUUUGUGGGGACCGACAAUCCCAGAGCUUACAGAAGCGGUACCCAACUUUAAGCGCAUUGAGCGUACAACAGUGAAUGCCUGGGAUGACCCCCGCGUUGUUGCGGCAGUAAAGGAAACAGGCAGGAAGAAUCUCAUCAUCACCGGCAUCUCGACAGAUGUAUGCCUCGCUUUCCCUGCCAUGUCGGCACGGGCUGAGGGCUAUACAACCUAUGCAGUUGUUGAUGCUUCUGGUGCCUUCACUAAGCGACAAGCGGAAAUGGGACUGAUGCGCAUGGUUCAAGCUGGUGUUAUACCGGUCUGCUACUCAAAUGUUGCGGUGGAAAUUCUGGCCGAUAAUGUUGCUGCUGAGUCAAACGACGUUUACACGGCUCUGAGCAUGCCGUUUGCUAGCAUUGUCAACGGCAUGAACCAGUUCUUUUCACGCAAAUAG